UGGCUGUAACGGCAAGACCAGCCUGUAGGUGCCGAAUAGUGGGCGAGGUCUUUUCUGCAAGGCGCUCACCUCAAAAUCGAGCUACUGACCGAAUCACCACCACCAAACCAAGUCCGCUUCAUCAAACGACGCACCCAUCACACUGCUUCAAUUGCGUGCGGUAGUCGCCAGCCAAUUGAUCCGUGUGAAUCUGUACUUUCUUCACUUUGUUUCGCGCCGAGCUUAAGUGUCCGCCACCAUGAGUUUCGUCGCUCGUCGGGGUCUUUCAACCCUCAUCCCCCCCAAGGUCGCCUCGCCUAGCGCUAUCGGUGCUGCCCCCGAUGCUGUCCGUAUGAAGCGGGUGGUCAGCUUCUACGAGAAGCUACCGCGAGGCCCUGCUCCUGAUAUCAAGCCAACAGGCCUCUUUGGCCGAUACCAGGCCAAACACUUCGGCAAAAACCCAACCGCAAAGCCCAUUAUCCAUGCCAUUGCUCUUAUUCUGGUAGUGGGAUACCCCAUGACCUAUUACUUCCAUCUCCGCCACCACAAGAACAACGCACACUAGAUUUCGAGCAAGGAAUACAAGGGUACAAGCAUGGCAUUGUAUAUAAGAUGAUUGGCGCCACAUUGUAGGUUGCCGUGUAUUAGCAAAGCGGGAAGACCCUUAAGAUAUCAUCAUCUCAAAAUUGAUUCCUUUUGUUCCGGUCUAUACUAGCUAUCGAGCCCUCCAACUUGGUUCCAUCUAGAUCUAGCUUGAAGAUACUGGUCGCAUUACCUCUGCAUUUUUGGGAUAUGCUGACUACAGUCAUCCAUUCUGGAUUCCCAUGUCUUGCCUGCGUUGCUAUUAUUAUAUAGAUCUGUUGAUUUUGACUAUGGCCACUCUCUACCAGUUUUAAGUAAAACGAACAAACGCAAGUGUACCGCAUGUCUCACGUUAUGUGUGCUACAUAGGUAUAACUGUACCCAAUUGGCUGUAUGCUGUAUGACUCAAAGGUGCCUAAAGUACAUACAAUAAAAUACCUGAAGUGUACAUAUAAUCACCUCCACGAUUACAUAUGUACCAAGAGGAUCUAAUACCUAAGUGAUUGUACUGGGAUGACUCAUAAGUAAUCGCAU